AUGGCAGAAGGAAAAUACGCCAACGACCCGGAAUGGGAAUCCAUCACACCCAUCCAGCUUGACGAUGGCUCUGACUCCGGCGCAAUGCCCCUGGCAUGCAUCGCCUAUCCAUCCGAGUACCUCGAGGCAACCUCGUACCUGCGCGCCGUCAUGGCCGCGAAUGAGAUGUCGGAGCGCGCUUUGCGAUUGACUGAAGAUGUCAUCUCCCUUAACCCCGCCCACUACACUGUGUGGAUCUACCGCGCCAAGAUCCUAUUCGCCUUGGAAAAGGACCUCCUGGAAGAACUAGAGUGGCUCAAUGGCGUUUCUCUAAAGUAUCUCAAAAAUUAUCAAAUCUGGCACCACCGCCAAGUCCUAAUGGCCUCAAAAGCACACUUCCCAACAAUCCCCACCAAAGAACUAGACUUCCUAAUGGAAAUGUUCGCCCAAGACUGGAAAAACUACCACGUCUGGACAUACCGCCACUGGCUAGUCCGAAACUUCAAGCUAUGGGAUUUACCCCGCGAACUGGAAGACGUAGAAUCACUCAUAAAAGCCGAUGUCCGCAACAACUCCGCCUGGAAUCACCGGUACAUGCUUCGAUUCGGACCGCGCGAGGACGCGCCCGCUGCGGGGAUGGCGAAUGCGGGUUCCUCUGCGAUGAGUGCGGAUGAGAAGGGCGUUUUGACUGUUGUUGAUGAGGACCUUGUUGAUGCGGAGUUGGAGUUUGCUAAGGCGCAGAUCGUCCGGGCGCCGGAGAAUCGCUCGGCUUGGUGGUAUGCUCGUGGUGUGUUGAGGGCUGCUGGGAGGGGGGUUGGGGAGUGGGAGCGGUUUGCGGGGAAGUUUGUUGAUGCUGGUUCUGGGGAGGUUAGGAGUAGUCAUGCUGUUGAGUGGUUGGCGGAUGUUUAUGCUCUGGGUGAAGGGGAGAAGGCUGUUGAGAUGUUUACGCUUUUGAAGGAGAAGUAUGAUCCUAUUCGGAAGAAUUAUUGGGAUUAUCGGAUUCAGCAGGUUGUUGUAUGA